UCGGGACCCCUCCUCCCCCCCUAUCCCUUCUCUCCUCUGCGUUUCGUAUUCGCUCCCCCGUCGUUUGCUUCGCCGAUACUAAAUAUUGCCACUCCCACCCCUUUUUUUUUUACAAUCGAAUCAUUGCAAAUUUUUUACGCUAUUUAUUUGUCUUUUUCUUUUUUUGUUUAGCCUCGUCGGUUCCAAAGAUUGAGUCCUUUGAACUUCCGUUCUUUUAGAUCCUAAUAGUACUCUUUAUUAUUCUCGUUUAUUUCAGAUUUUAUUUUCUCUCGUCUGUUUGUUUUAAGUGAUCGCAAUCGUGUUCUUGAUCGUUGGAUGCUUUUUGUUUAUUGAACCUUUGAACAUGUCUGGUCCUCUCGAUCGUUUCGCAAGGCCUUGUUUUGAGGGUACUGGUAGCAAUGAUGAAAGGAAAGAUAGGAAAUCGGAUUUCGAAAUCUCUGAAGAGGACAGGAAGACUAGAAUCGGGAACCUCAAGAAGAAGGCGAUGAAGGCGUCGAGUAAAUUCAGACGAUCACUUAAGAAGAAAAGUAGGAGGAAAAGUGAUGGUCAAAUUAGAUCUGUUUCGAUUAAGGAUAUUCGAGAUAUUGAGGAGUUGCAGACUGUUGAUGCUUUCCGUCAGGCACUAAUUGCAGAGCAGUUGCUUCCUGCUAAACAUGAAGAUUAUCAUAUGCUACUUAGAUUCUUAAAAGCAAGGAAAUUCGAUAUUGAAAAAGCAAAGCACAUGUGGGAUAAUAUGAUCCAAUGGAGAAAAGACUUUGGUACUGAUACUAUUUUGGAGGAUUUUGAAUUCAAUGAGUUGAAUGAAGUGUUGAAGUACUACCCUCAAGGUUAUCAUGGGGUGGAUAAGGAAGGAAGACCUGUUUACAUUGAAUUGCUAGGAAAAGUCGACCCUAACAAGCUUAUGCGAGUAACAACUUUGGAACGAUAUGUAAAAUAUCAUGUGCAGGAGUUUGAAAAGUGUUUUGCAACUAAGUUUCCGGCUUGCUCCAUUGCUGCAAAGAGACACAUAGAUUCCAGCACAACCAUUUUGGAUGUUCAAGGCAUGGGCUGUAAAAGCUUUAGCAUGUCUGCACAAGAUCUUGUGAGGCGGCUGCAGAAGAUUGAUGGUGAUAACUAUCCUGAGACUCUGUACCGAAUGUUUAUCAUCAAUGCUGGUCCUGGUUUUAAGAUGAUCUGGAGGGCUGUCAAAUCUUGUCUUGAUUCCAAAACAGCUAGUAAGAUUCAUGUUCUUGGUAGCAAUUACCAGAAUAAGUUGCUUGAAAUCAUUGAUGCAAGUGAGUUGCCACAAUUUCUGGGAGGUUGCUGCACCUGUGCUGAUCAGGGAGGUUGCAUGACGUCUGACAAAGGUCCCUGGAAAGACCCCAACAUAUUGAAGAUGAUUGCCAGUGGUGAAGCACUAUUUUCCAGACAAAUUGUGACAGUUUCAAACAGUGAAGGAAGGAUAAUUGCCUAUGAUAAGCCACGUUAUCCUGUGAUAAAGAGUAGUGACACAUCUGCAGGUGAGUCAGGAUCUGAAGUGGAAGAAAUUGCUUCUCCUAAGACAACUAGAAGCUACUUACAUCCAAUAUUGGCUCCUGUUAGUGAAGAGGCUAGAAUGGCUGGUAAGGUGAUCUCUGCUGGUGGUUCAUAUGAGUAUGAUGAAUAUGUUCCCAUGAUUGACAAGGUUGUGGAUUCGGAAUGUGAGAUACAAGUGUCCCAUCAGAGUCCAUAUAGUUCUGAAGGGACUCCUCUGCCACUGGUAGAGCAAACACCAAAAGGAAUUUAUGGUCAUAUUGGUGCAGCAGUUAUUGCCUUCUUGACCCUUUUUGCUUUUAUCCGAACAAUGGUGUUGCAUCUGAUGAAGAAGCAGAGUGUGACUGAUUUGACACGUAGUACUCCUGACCAGCAUGUUGAACCGAUAUACAAGGAGGAAACUCGUCCCCCUUCACCUGCUCCAAGAUUUACCAAGGUAGACCUCCUGUCAUCUGUCGUAAGAAGGUUGGGUGAUCUAGAAGAGAAGGUAGAGAUGCUACAGUCAAAGAGAUUUGAGAUGCCUCAUGAGAAAGAGGAGUUGUUGAAUGCUGCCGUUUAUCGUGUGGAUGCUUUAGAAGCAGAGCUAAUUGCUACGAAAAAGGCUCUUCAUGAAGCUUUAAUGCGGCAGGAAGAACUCCUUGCUUAUAUAGAUAGUCAAGAAGAAGCCAAGGCUCGGAGAAAGAGGUUUUGCUGGUGAAAAUGUGAUUUCUGUAUCCAAAAGAAACUAUAUGGCGGAAUUUUGAUCAGCACAGCAGCAUUCAAUACUGUACCUUCAAGAUGGACAGAAAACUACCUUUAUAUAUAUAUAUAUAUAUAUAUAUAUAUAGAGCUUGUUGAUUCCCGGUGAUAUGUUGCAAUCACAGAGGGGAAUGCAAUGUAAAUAAAAUACGAUACAGAAUAUAGCUAUUGUAGCACAUAAGAUGGCCCAUACGUUUGUCAUCUGGACCGGACUGGUGGCUGGUUGCUUCUUUUUUUAUUAUUAUUAUUAUUUUUGUUUUUUUUUUGGGAGGUUUGUUGCACAUUUUUGAAUGUUGUAGUAAUAUAAUAGAUAAAAAUGGUGUUUUAUAUU